ACAGUUUACGUAUAUAACGAGAAGGCAACUUUGCAGUAGUCGCAGAACGCCUUGCUUCUUGGCAGGUGGAUAAAUAUUAACUAUAUUAUUUUGUAGAUAGAUACUAUUUAAUUGACUCAAUCUAUUUUACAUAGUAUUUUAUUUUUCAGUUUGAGAACUAUGGCUAACCCCGACGAUCCGGAUUAUCCCUAUCUUUUCAUAGAUAGAAAGAAGUUGUUGGAAGAGGCGAAACCUUACGAUGGUAAGAAGAACGUUUGGAUUCCCGAUCCAAAAGAGGGCUAUCUUAGGGCCGAUAUCGAGUCGACGAAAGGAGAUGAAGUUACGGUUUUAACAGAAAAGAUGGAGUCGAAAACCGUUAAAAAGGAGAAAUGUCAGCAAAUGAACCCACCUAAGUUCGAAAAAAUGGAAGAUAUGGCGAAUUUGACCUACUUAAACGAAGCUUCGGUUUUGUAUAAUCUCAAGUCUCGCUACUGCAGUGGCCUGAUUUAUACUUAUUCGGGGCUUUUCUGCGUUGCUAUAAAUCCUUAUAGAAGACUUCCCAUCUAUACCAUACAAGUGGUUAAUAAGUUCAAGGGAAAGAGAAGGAAUGAAAUGCCACCGCAUUUGUUCUCCAUAGCCGACAAUGCUUAUCAUAAUAUGCUGCAGGAUCGCGAGAAUCAAUCUAUGCUUAUCACCGGUGAAUCUGGCGCCGGUAAAACGGAAAAUACGAAGAAAGUAAUUUCUUAUUUUGCUUCUGUCGCCGCAACUCAAUCGUCUAAAGAACAACCAGCGGAAGGAAGUUCGAAGAAAGCGGUAACUUUGGAAGAUCAAAUAGUCCAAGCUAACCCGGUUCUUGAGGCAUACGGAAACGCUAAAACAAUCCGUAAUAAUAACUCUUCCCGUUUCGGUAAAUUCAUAAGAAUUCAUUUCGGUACUACGGGAAAAAUUGCUGGAGCUGAUAUUGAGACUUAUCUUCUGGAAAAAUCGCGCAUUACGUACCAACAACCUGGGCGCGAGCGCAAUUAUCAUAUUUAUUAUCAAAUUACAUCUAAUUAUAGUAAGGAGUUCACUGAUAAACUCCUUAUCGCCCAAGAUCCUGGCCUAUAUCAUUUUAUCAAUCAAGGCUGUCUUCAAGUUGAAAAUUUAGACGAUGCUGAAGAAAUGAAAUUCACCGAUGAUGCUUUUGGCGUCCUCGGCUUUACUGAAGAAGAAAAGAUGGGCUUGUAUAAGUGUACUGCAGCCAUUAUCUGGUUUGGCGAGAUGAAAUUUAAACAAAGACCAAGAGAAGAACAAGCUGAAGCCGAUGGAACAUCAGAGGCUGAAAAAGUUGCCUAUCUCUUGGGGGUUAAUGCUGGCGAUCUCCUAAAGAGCUUGCUAAAACCGAAAGUCAAAGUUGGUAAUGAAAUGGUUACCAAAGGACAAAAUCUGGAUCAAGUUAAUUUUGCUGUUGGCGCCUUAGCUAAAUGCUUAUAUGAUAGAAUGUUUAAGUGGCUUGUCGCAAGAGUAAACAAAACUUUAGACACAAAGAACAAGAGGCAAUAUUUCAUAGGCGUUCUGGAUAUUGCUGGUUUCGAAAUUUUUGAGUACAAUACCUUUGAACAACUUUGUAUCAACUAUACCAAUGAAAGAUUGCAACAAUUCUUCAAUCAUCAUAUGUUCGUCUUGGAACAAGAAGAAUACAAGAAAGAAGGUAUAAACUGGGAAUUUAUUGAUUUUGGUAUGGAUUUACAACAAUGUAUUGAUUUGAUUGAAAAGCCGAUGGGUAUUCUGUCCAUCCUUGAAGAGGAAUGCAUGUUCCCUAAAGCUACUGAUAAAACCUUUAUGACAAAAUUAUACGAAAAUCAUUUGGGUAAAUCGCCCAAUUUCGGAAAACCCAAGCCGGACAAGAAAGCUAAAUAUGAGCCUCAUUUCGAAAUUUAUCAUUAUGCCGGUACUGUUCAAUAUAACAUCAAUGGAUGGUUGGAUAAGAACAAAGAUCCCAUCAACGAUACCGUUGUUCAACUACUCCAAGCUUCUAAAGAACCUCUAGUUGCUAUGUUCUUUGCGGAACCUAAAGAUGAUAAACCUGCUGCUGGUAAGAAGAAGAAGAAGGGAGGAGCCUAUCAAACCAUUUCAGCGACUCAUCGGGAAUCUCUAAACAAACUUAUGACGAACCUGAAGACUACUCAGCCUCACUUUGUCCGAUGUAUUAUCCCGAACGAAAAUAAGGCUCCCGGAGAAAUUGAUGCUCACCUUGUAUUGCACCAACUGCAAUGUAACGGUGUAUUGGAAGGAAUAAGAAUUUGUAGGAAGGGAUUUCCAAAUAGAAUCAUUUAUUCGGAAUUUAAGCAACGUUAUUCGAUCCUUGCUCCCAAUGCUAUUCCUCAAGGUUUUGUUGAUGGAAAGGUCGUUACCGAGAAGGUUCUCGUGGCUAUCCAAUUGGCGGACAAUGAUUAUAGAUUAGGUCACACAAAAGUUUUCUUUAGAGCUGGUGUCCUCGGUCAACUCGAAGAUAUGCGCGAUGAGAAAUUAUCUAAAAUUAUUUCUCUUUUCCAAGCUCAUAUCAGAGGUUAUCUUAUGCGUCGUAAUUACAAGAAAUUGCAAGAUCAACGUAUGGGUCUUUCCGUUAUCCAAAGAAAUAUUAGGAAAUGGUUGACUUUGAGAAAUUGGCAAUGGUGGAAAUUAUACACAAGAGUUAAGCCUUUGUUGUCUAUCGCUCGCCAAGAGGAUGAAAUGAAAAAGAAAGAAGAAGAGCUGGAAAAAGCUAAAGAAGAUAUUGCUAAGUUGGAAAAACAUAAGAAGGAGCUAGAAGAGCAAAAUGUAACUCUCCUUCAAGCUAAAAACGACCUGUUCUUGCAAUUACAAGCCGAGCAAGACACCUUAACUGAUCGUGAGGAAACUAUUCAAAAGCUGAUAACUCAAAAAGCCGACUAUGAGAGUCAAAUGAAAGAAUUGGAAGAACGUCUUCAAGAAGAAGAAGAUGGUGCUGAGGCUCUUGAAGAUGCCAAACGCAAGGUUGAGCAAGAAUGUGAAAAUCUUAAAAAGGAUGUUGAAGAUAUGGAAUUAACGAUCCAAAAAGCAAAUCAAGAUAAACAAACUAAAGAGAACCAGAUUCGAACUCUUCAGGAUGAAAUGGCCCAACAAGACGAUCAAAUUUCGAGACUCAACAAAGAUAAGAAAAAUCUCGAUGAAAACCUGAAGAAGACCCAAGAUGACUUAGCAGCAGAAGAAGACAAAUGUAAUCAUUUGAAUAAGCUGAAACAAAAGUUGGAGCAGAAUAUUGACGAAUUAGAAGAUUCUUUGGAGAGAGAAAAGAAACAAAGAAGCGAUGUUGAAAAAGUGAGAAGAAAGUUAGAGAGUGAAUUAAAACAAACUCAGGAAACAGUUGACGAUCUUGAGAGAGUGAAGAGAUCCCUAGAAGAACAAUCUAAGAAGAAAGAUUCGGAAAUCAGUAAUUUGAAUUCAAGAUUAGAGGAUGAACAAUCUCUAAUCGCUCAAUUACAAAAGAAAAUUAAAGCUCUUCAAGCUCGCAUAGAGGAACUAGAAGAAGAGCUCGAAGCCGAAAGAGCUGCUAGAAUGAAGGUCGAAAAACAGAGAGCCGAAUUAAAUAGAGAGUUAGAUGAACUUUCAGAUCGUCUAGAUGAAGCUGGUGGUGCAACCCAAGCUCAAAUGGAAUUGAACAAAAAGAGAGAGAUGGAGAUGCAAAAGCUAAGAAGAGACUUAGAAGAACAGCAAUUGCAGCAUGAACAGCAAGCUGCAACAUUAAGAAAAAAACAGCAAGAUGCUGUUAAUGAACUUUCGGAGCAAUUAGAUCACUUAAGUAAAACCAAAGCCAAUAUUGAAAAGGAGAAGAAUAAGUUAAAAUUAGAAGUUGAUGAUUUAAAUGCUCAAGUGGAACAUGUUUCAAAGAGCAAAUCAGCGGCCGAAAAAAUGAGCAAACAGCUAGAAAGCCAACUGUCCGAAACUUCUACACAGCUAGAAGAAUCCACGAGGAAGAUAUCCGAAUUAACCUCGCAUCAAUCCAGAGUGCAAACAGAAUCAUCCGAAUUACUAAGGCAAUUAGAAGAAGCUGAAAGUCAAAUAAAACAACUGGCAAGAACGAAGGCAAACCUAACAAAAUCUAUAGAAGAACUGAAAGUAAAUCUCGAAGAUGAAUCUCGUGCAAAGGCCAAGUUACACGGUGAAGCUCGUAACCUUCAAGCUGAUGUGGAUAGUCUAAGAGAUCAAUUGGAAGAAGAACAAGAAUCAAAGAGUGAUUUACAAAGGCAAUUGACCAAGGCUCAGAAUGAAGCUGCCGAAUGGCGUAGAAGAUGUGAAUCUGGAGAAGGUAGCGUAAGAAGUGAGGAAUUAGAUGAAUUAAAACGUAAGUUGGGAGCUAAAUUAUCCGAAACUGAGCAAGCUUUGGAGGCUGCCCAAGCUAAGGUAUCAAGCUUGGAGAAAACGAAGGUUAGGUUACAAGGAGAAUUAGAAGAUAUUGUCAUUGAAGUAGAAAGGUCGCAAACUCUGGCAAAUCAGGCUGAAAAGAAACAACGGCAAUUCGAUAAGAUGAUUGACGAAUGGAAGAAGAAAUCAUCAGAUCUUCAAGCUGAAUUAGAACAAGCAAAUCGCGAUUCAAGAGCAAAUGCUGCCGAAGUGUUCAAGCUCAAGACCCAACUCGAAGAAUCCCAUGAUACAAUGGAGGCACUAAGAAGAGAAAACAAAAAUUUGAACGAAGAGAUACGAGAAUUAACGGAUCAAUUGGGAGAAGGCGGAAAAUCUGUUCACGACCUAGAAAAAGCUCGUCGACGUUUGGAAAUGGAAAAAGAAGAAUUACAAGCUGCUCUGGAAGAAGCUGAAGCUGCCUUGGAGCAAGAAGAAGCCAAAGUAAUGAGAGCUACUCUCGAAAUUUCUGCUGUCAGACAGGAUAUUGAACGACGCCUUGCAGAGAAGGAUGAAGAAUUUGAGAACACUCGCCGCAAUCAUCAACGAGCCCUUGAUUCUAUGCAAGCUUCUCUUGAAGCUGAAAGCCGCGGUAAAACAGAAGCAUUGCGCGUAAAGAAGAAGUUAGAGCAAGACAUUAACGAGUUGGAAGUUGCUUUAGAUGGUGCCAACAGAGGUAGAGCUGAAGCUGAAAAGAAUGUCAAAAAAUAUCAAAUGCAUAUUAGAGAGUUGGAGAUGCAACUGGAAGAAGAGCAACGCUCAAGAGACGAAGCACGAGAACAAUACACUUCAUCAGAAAGACGUGCAAAUGUUCUGGCUGGCGAAAUCGAAGAACUUCAUACUCAGUUAGAAGCAUCAGAAAGAGCCAGGAAAUCUGCUGAAGGAGACCUCCAUGAGGCCGUUGAUCGUGUAUCCGAACUAACUACAACUAACUCCUCACUUAUGGCACAUAAGCGCAAGCUAGAGAACGAUAUACAAGCUAUGCAGAGUGAUAUGGAUGACCAAUUGAAUGAACUUCGCACUUCUGAAGAGCGUUCCAAGAAAGCCAUGUCUGAUGCUGCCAAGUUGGCUGAAGACUUGAGAAAGGAGCAAGAUCAUUCUAGCAGCAUUGAAAAGCUAAGAAGAUCGCUAGAAUCGCAGGUUAAAGAACUGCAAGCUAGAUUAGAUGAAGCUGAGGCGAAUGUUCUUAAAGGUGGAAAGAGAACUAUCCAAAAAUUGGAACAAAGGGUCCGUGAUCUUGAAGUUGAGUUGGAUAGCGAGCAACGUCGCCACGCCGAAACUUCAAAGAAUUUCAGAAAACAAGAUAAACGCCUUAAAGAGCUUGCCUUCCAGAAUGAUGAAGAUCGUAAAGCGCAAGAAAGAAUGCAAGAUGUUAUCGAUAAAUUACAGAACAAAAUCAAAACUUAUAAACGUCAAGUGGAUGAAGCAGAAGAGAUUGCUGCCGUAAAUCUUGCUAAAUACAGAAAGGUUCAACACGAAUUAGAAGAUGCCGAAGAGAGAGCUGACAUGGCUGAAAAUACUUUGGCUAAAUUAAGAGCAAAGAAUCGCAGUUCAAUUUCAACUUCUCGUACAGUGACUGGCGGUCAUGGAACGACGACUAUUAAGACAAAGUCUUCUCGUAUAACUUCACAAGAAUCAUAG